AUGGCCUGUUGUUCCGGCUCCUCCAACCUAUAUGAACAAAAUCGUCCUGAAUGGUCCAACAAGAUCGAAUUUCUCAUGUCAUGCAUUGCUAUGUCUGUUGGACUAGGAAAUGUCUGGCGUUUUCCGUUCACUGCAUACGAAAAUGGAGGCGGAGCGUUUCUAAUACCGUACCUUGUCGUUCUAUUAAUUAUCGGUCGCCCACUCUACUAUUUGGAAAUGAUUCUUGGACAAUUUACUCGCUGCAGCUCAAUAAAAGUAUGGUCAAUAUCUCCACUUUUCAAAGGAAUUGGUGUUGGCCAGCUGUUUGGCACAGCCUCUGUGGUUAGCUACUACAUGGCGUUAAUAGCGAUAACUUUAUCGUACCUUUUCGCAUCUUUCGCAUCGGAGCUACCAUGGGCGAAAUGCAAAAACACCUGGGGAGCUAACUGUGUUGAUGCUACAAGUACAGUUAACGAUUUUGUUGAUAGAAAUACUUCUCUAGGUCAAAGCGUGAGCAGUUCCGAAAUUUAUUUUCUCGACGUCGUAUUGAAAGAAAAGUCACACAUCAACGAUGGCGUAGGCUUGCCGGAUUGGAAACUUGUCUUAUGGCUGUUACUAGCAUGGGUCUCAGUAUUCUUAAUAAUCGUGCGAGGAGUGAAAAGCUCGGGCAAAGUUUCAUAUUUUCUGGCAUUGUUCCCCUACGUCGUUCUGAUCAUAAUUUUAGUCCGCGCCCUGACGCUGGAAGGUGCAAUAGAUGGAUUAUUGUUUUUUAUAAAACCGCAGUGGAAUGAGUUGCUCAAUCCGAAGGUGUGGAAGGAGGCAGUUGUUCAAUGUUUUUUCUCCCUGGCUACUGGAAUGGGUCCGAUAAUAAUGUUUUCCUCGUAUAACAAUUUCAAGCAUAAUUGUCACAGAGAUGCAAUGAUCGUAACAUAUCUAGAUACAUUCACUAGUCUACUAGCCGGCAUGACAAUAUUUAGUAUACUGGGCAAUCUUGCGCAUAAUCUUGGAAUAGAGGAUAUAUCAAAGGUAGUCAAGAGCGGAACCGGAUUAGCUUUUAUCUCAUAUCCAGAUGCAAUUGCUAAAUUCGAUGUUGUUCCACAGCUGUUUUCCGUCCUGUUUUUCUUUAUGAUGUUUGUGCUAGGUCUUGGCUCAGCCGUCGCAUUACAAAGUACUCUUGUCACAGUUGUAUGGGAUGCCUUUCCUAAAAUGAAAUAUUGGCAAGUUGCAGCUAUUUUAUCUGUAAUUGGAUUUUGCGCCGGCAUUGUUUACGUGACACCGGGUGGACAAUGGAUAUUGAAUCUUGUCGAUCAUUAUGGUGGCACAUUUCUAAUCUACAGUAUAGCAAUAGUACAGGUAAUAGUCAUAUUUUGGAUCUAUGGCCUCGACAACUGGUGCACUGAUGUAGAGUUUAUGGUUCAACGUCGCGUAGGUGUCUAUUGGCGACUUUGCUGGGGUUUCUUGACACCUUUGUUAAUGAUUGCUGUUUUUGUUUACUCACUGGUUAAAUACGAAUGGCCUACGUAUGGUGGCAGCCAAUAUCCAAGCGAAGGAUUGAUCUGCGGAUUUAUGGUGUUUGUAGUUGGAAUUUCACAAAUUCUUUUGUGGGCUUUAUGGAUAUUAGCUCGUGCUGAUACUAAGGAAUCACUUAAGGAAAAAAUCAAACGAAUGAUAAAGCCUAGUCCAGAAUGGGGUCCUUCCGAAGAUACUGAAAGAAAACGUUGGAUUAAAUAUAAAACUGAAGCUAACACAAAGCGACAGGAAAUUAUGAUUGAAAAAAAUCAGUCUGCUAUAGUUAAGACAAUAUACGUCCUUCUCGGAUUGUAUGAUGAUUUCAAACUCAAUACAGAGAGUUAA